UAUUAUUCAUAAAUAAGAGCAGGAACGAAGCGUUUGCCGCCCACGCAACGGCGCCUGAACGCUUCGAGUAUAAGAGCAGGAGACUCGAGCGUGCGAGCAACGAAUCGGCGGGGGUUCGAACGAAGAAGAAGAAGAAGACGAAGAAGAAAGAGACGAGGCAACGGUCAACGUUCUGCUUCUGUUGCACGGCUCCUAAAUACAUUUAAUAUACGGCCACGUCACGGGUUGCGCGUCGUCCAUGAAACGUGGUGAUCCAGUUCUUACUUUUUCAUUUCCACAUCUACUGCAAACGAAUCGCGAGUACGCCCCAGGGAAAUACUCCGUGAUUGGUCAGCCAGGAGGCAACGAGCUCGAUCGUCGGGACUUGUCACGGUUUAUUCCCCAAGUCUCGUGUCCCUUAUGUUUGUUCAACGAGGCAUAUGCCACCGCGUCUUCAUGGAGAAGGACGUUUCUCAGAGGGAAUAAAUACGGCGGAGUAAAUGAAUCAGCGAACUGUUAACUACAGACGCGACACGCUAAAGUAAACGUAAUAUAUUGGAUGCCGCGUGUCUCGUGUAAAUGAAACUUCUACGAUACCGUUUACGAGAUCGUCCGUAAGAAAGUGCCGCGAAAGUAGGUGUACAUUGGCUUUCGAUUAAAAAUAAACGCGCCCGUAGUCGAUCAAAAUUAUGCUGCUUAGAAACCGUGUAAAAUCCAUGAGUAUCGUUUUAAGUAGUAGCGCGUUCAUUUUUUCUUCUUUUUAUAAGCGAAAGUAUCGUCCGAAAGAUUAAGUCCCGCGAGAUGUCCAUCGGUAUUCUUUCAUUAUGAGGAAUAAAAAUAAACUUCGUUAUUUCGUCGCGUUGCUCGAAGGAGCGGUGGUUCAAAGCAUCGUGUUAUUUUUAGGUAAAACAUAAAACGUUACGUAAAAGUCGACCAGUGUACCGACGUUCCGGGACAUUAUUACUCGAACCGUUUGUUCUUCUCGCUUACGACGAGAGGAUGAUCGGUAACGAUCAGAAAUGGCAUCGCAAAACGUGGAAUUAUAGAAUAAAUCAUCCACGAUACGCUUGUCGGUCGAUUAAUAUAAAGGAAAAAGAACGCGUAGAACGCGUGUGCUCGUUUAUGGGCUGAUAAUAAGCGACGGAACACGUGUUCCAGGAACUUUGAUAUUCCACGGUAACGUAAAUUUUGGCGGCCGGUGGCCUGAAAAUAGAGCGUCGAGCCUGCAAGUUUCCAGCCGCGAACCGAUUUCUAUUUAUUUAUGGACGUUUUCAUAAACGAACUGCUAAACAUCCACGACGAGACAGGCUGUGUCAGCCCGAGUGAUCGAUAGGACGUAACACGUCCCAGACUGAAUCUCUUCCUCCAAGAAUGAUAAGGUGCACGCCGUUUCCCUCCUCCCGAGAAUUAUGCGUAUCUUCCGCCGUGAACGGAAACGAGAUCGAAAGAAAAAAAGAGAGAAAAGGAAAAGCAGGUGAACGAUGGAUGAUCGGGAAAACAAAGGGGGUUGGUUAAGCGAACAGAAGGUGGAACGAAGAGAAGAAGAGCUCGGUUGGCUCUCGGUUCGGCCAACAAAUCAACUCGCGCUCGCGAGAGAAAAGACACUCGGCGAAGAUUUAAACGCGAGCAUCAAGAGGAUCAAAGUUGAGAUUCCGAAUGACAGAUAGGGGUUACGAGGGGCAGAGCAGCGUGCAAGAUACGUCUAUUCUGGAUUCUGGCAACAAUAAUGCCUGCCAGGGACAGCGAGUGAAUCGGGCGUAACACGCGCCCGGUAUAUACUCCGGCAAACAACUAAUGACGCGGCUCGUACAAAGGCCGCCCGUUCUAAUUUCGUGUUAUCCUGUUGGUUGCCUAAAAAUAUGCGCGGGACAGGCCCGGGGUACGUUCACUUUCCGACGAUGAAAUGGAAAGUCGGCCGGUGUCGCGAGUCCGUCAUCGCGUGGCUCUUCAAGGUACGCGCUCGAACGAUCAUCCCCCUCGACUACGAUGCUUUCUACCAAACGCGACGAACUCGUGGCCCCCGCUGAUGGAUGAUCAAUUUUCUCGGUUAAUUAGGCACAGCUUUUCUACAGUGAAAGUAUCUGGAAGCGGAGUAACUGCUAGAGUUUCAGAUAUUUUGAAACGAGGAAAAGAGGAUAGCGUGUCGUUGGAUGAAGCGUUGACAGGUGAACGAGAUGCAGGUUUCCCUAGAUAACCGAUAGGUCCGUUGAAAGAAACCUGACGAUUAGGCUCAAUUAUCUAUGUAUCUCGCGCGAUCUGGGCUAAUGGGUCGAUGAGCUAAUUAUUAAUCAACUUUUCGUACGUUUAAUAAACGUAUAAAUAACUACUGAUUCAUUAAGGGAAAAAAUCCAGUCAGGGUGCAUUUGCACCAGCUGACGAUGAUUAUGCACGCGUCGAGGAACAACAACAACAACAACUACUACUACCACAGGUCUUUGGCUCGAUAGGCUUGCAACACGACGGCAUUCUUUCCGGUAGGAAGUCUGAGACACGGAGUCAACGCGUCUGUCAAGCGAGCUGACAGCCGCGAAUCAAGAACGAUCGGCCCGCGUUAAGAUGGUGUUGGUGGUGAAGCAUGGCUUCUUGUGCCCGUUCGUUUUCAGGGUUAACAGGAAUAUCGGUGCCACUUAUGUAAAAUUUUCUACCAGUAACAUUGGCUCCAAUAAUAAAACACGGCAGUCCGUUUGGUACCCGUGCACGUUCAUUACCUUCGCUCGUACACGUCUUAGCCACGAGUAAUUUGCGAAUAAGAUCGUUGUGUGUGCGUGUGUGUCGGGUGCUUACGACCUAAACUAAAAAUACGCGGGGUCCGAUCAACGGCCAACUGGGCCAGUGAAGUAAUCGCAGCUCAACGUCCCAAAUAUAGUCCGACAUCUCUACGUAGCCGACACACCGACCGAUAGUUGGCAUCCGUGGCAACGUACAGCACCGAGAGUAUAAUAGUGGCUGUCACCACGAUUCCCUAAUGACAUGCCUCGAACAUUGGAUCGUAUGCAUCGAUCCUCCGUUUUAAUGUCUAAUUUUGGUACGAAUUUCCUCUUCUCGAAAUUCAUCCAAAUUAGGCAGCUCGAUCGGCGAAACUGCACUCUGUCGGUGCAUCCGAGUGCAACGAUAGAUGCAGGAUAUUUUCUAUGAUAAAUUUAGUUUUUCGCAUUUCGAGUGGAAACGAAGAUGAGAGAUUCGUAGACGAACAUCGAAUCGUAACAUUUAACUUCGACACGACUGUCUUGUUCGAAAAUGCAAUAUAGUGCAUUCGGUGCAUCCGGACGCGACUCGUUGAAAGUGCACGUGCCCGGGCCUAUCCGACGUUCGUGUAUCAUCCCGCUCGAGACGUAUUACGUACAACCGACGACAGAGACAAACACACGAUGGACCAGCUGUUUUAUUUUAAGUGAAAGUGCAGACGAAACGUUAACUCGUUCCGCGGAUUAUUCUUUAGAUUUCUGACGUAGCUGUCUCGAAAACGAUUUUUCACAAGUCAACUCACGAGAAACAUUUCGAUCGGAGAAUCUGACGCUUCUCGAUGGACAAAGUAAUAGACACAACAAAAAUCUAACGACAGUGAGCCGAACGAUAAAUCAUUGUCAAGCGAAGAGGUAAUCGCUCACGGCGAUGCAAUUAAUAAAGUACCAAAAUUAUUCGAACUUAACCGAAAAUUAAAUAUAACCGGCGAAACUUUCGUUUCGAGAGUCGAUUUUUCGUGGAUUCUGGAGCAAAAUCAGCGCUGCCAAAUAUUUCAUCUCGAGAUAUCGCGAUUUUCGUUGCAACCAACACCGAGUUCGUGGACGGUCUCUGCCAACAGACCUACACUAUCCUACGUUUUGUUUUAAUUUCAACCCCGGCGACACGUGGCAGGGUUAUAAAUAAAAGACACGCGAUCGUUUGUACGUCGAUUUUGACUGAUGACAUAGACAGAGUGGUUGUGGACGCUUCCAAGUUAGUCAGAAAAGAGAUUAGACAUCGCGAAACCGAUUGGAAGAAUAAGAGUGAAAAUGAACACUCGUUGCCUUAUUAAUCCUUUACCCAUACUACUGGAUGCUGAGUGCGUUUUAUUUCUGAAAUAGUAUCCUUACUAGGACAGGUAAACUCAAGGAGAAAGUUGCUUAAGAAAACGGCUAAUUCAGUGUGCCAUUUUAAGGAGAUUUUUAAGGAUCUUUUAUUGAUACAAGACUUCGCUAUGAAGAGAAAGUCCCAGGCAGAUGACUUGUUUUAUUCGAAAAAAGGCUCGUUCUUGCAUAUAUGAAAGUUACCAAGGAAUUUCUUACAAGAUCCAACUGUCUAAACUAGGUAAUUUAUAAUGUUGAAUUAAAAAAUGAACUCUAACAUAAAAUACGAAGAAAGGAAAAUGGAAGAAACGAAGAAACUAAUGGAGCCAACGUAAUCAGGGUUGGCGAGGAGUCAUUAGGUCUGAAGAAGAAACAUCUUAUAUUUGAAACGAAAAGAGUUUCAAGAAUUACUACUUCCUUCUACGUCAUAUCCUGUAUUUUUUCCCCAAACUGCACUCUAUAUUUUUAUCACUUCAAACGAUAAAGAAAAAUCAGCUAAACGUAGAGCGAAUCGGAUGGUAGCAGAAAAGUUAAACAGAAAAGUAGAAAGAAAAUAAAGAAAGAAAAUGGAGGAAGAAAAUAGGUGGUUCACGGCGGGGUCUCCCGUGGCCUCUCUCAUUACACGUGUUUAUACCUCUCGAAAACGUGUCUAUUUUUACAGCAAGGAAGAAUUCGUCUGCGAUCAAACACGUGUCGAAUGCAGAAACCGUGUUUCGUUCUUAUCAAACCUAUCUCGCCACUUUAACCCCACGUUUCCGGGCUUCUUAUCGACGCUCGUCUACCAACGAUCCUCGUAACGAGCUCAGACCAUCUAGAAAUCCACGCUCCCUCCGCUGGCAAACGUUUAAGAUAGAUCCGAAGCGUUCGCGAUUGAAUCGCGCCGUGUUCGAGCAAACGACAGGUAUUGUCCACGGUUCUAAAUUAUUCGAUGUUCUCUGCCACCAGAAUCUUUGGCAGGUUUCGAGCUACGCGACGUCGAGGAAACGCAGAAAACUCUCAUCUAUCAUGUUGAAAUGCGUUACGCGAAAAUAGUCGCAAGGAUACGACGAGGUCGGAUUUGGCGAGCGUGCAGCACCAGCGUGCUGCCCCGGCGUCAAGGGUGCGCGGAUUAUCGGGGCAACUAUUGAAAACGCGUAAUCGUACAGUGACUCAUCAAUACCCUAAUAAGAAAUAAAUAUUUCAUCUCUGAAACAAUUACAUUCAUAGAAAAUCAAUCUUCUACAUUUUAAACGCAAAUUUGUUAAUCUGAGUAAUCAUUUCUUUUAAUUAUACUAAAUUCAAGAAGACGAAUAAUGAAGAUGUUUUCAAAUUCUGCAGUCACCCGAAACGAUAUCAUAUUUUUUUAAAGAAAUUUUUAUACACGUUUCAGAUAGCCUCAUAAAGAGUAUCCGCUGUAAUAAACAGAAGAGGAUUUGUUUGGACAAGACGAAUGUACUCGGAGCUGUAUAUAAUUCAACGUUGAUAUAAAACAACAAAUUAUCUUCGUGUACUUUCCUGACUGAAAAACAAAAAAAUCCGAAAGUCUGAUCUAAAUAAUUCACCGUUUAUAAUCGGUACACAUUGAACACCAUACAUCUCUGUGUCUGCUCGAUAAAAUAAUCUUGCCCGAAUAAAUCUCGAACGCGAAUUUUCGAUCGGUUGUUUUUCUCGAAUGGAAAAAUCAAAUAUCCACGCACGAUCGGUCCAACGUCUAAAGUGUCAACGUUCGACAGUAAACGUCACUUAGGUGGUGACCGACGACGUUGCAUUUUGUUUUUCAAAGAAAUGUUGACGUCACGAUAUAUCCUUGAAAGAGAGGCUAUUAUGGCCGGUCAAGCCUACGCUCUAGGCCAGGGGCUAGGCUAGGCUAUUUCCGCUAUUCAGCUUAUGAACAAAAAUAGUCCUAGAGAGCUUUCGAACGAGAGAUUCGCUGGGACUUCUCGUACCCCUCUGCCAGAGAAAGACGAUUUCCAUACUUCCGUCAUACCCUGGCGGAAGCUCUUUAACCUCGCUACAUUAUCCAUCUUUAGGGAUCAUUUCUAAUUACAGUUUAUCUUCUUCACGAAUCGAUAAAUAAUUCCCUUUAUCCAUCCUUUCUAUACAAAAUCGAAGCCCAAGGCCUGGGAUUCCAAAAAAUGUCUGUCGCAACGGUGACUUAAUUAUCCUGCUUCGAGCACGGUUUACCAUUAUUUCAGUAAUUGGUGCAGGCAAUUAAUCUCGCUGCACCCACGUAAGCGCGUUACUCUCUGUCAGCGAGUAGCAAGGCGCGCUAGGCAGGUUUCUGCUAGUUGAAAACAGCUAUUUCCACUGUCGGCGACGCGCGACAGGUGCUAGCCCAUGCCAGCAGCCUAGCCGUGGGAUACUACAAUUCUUCGGUGAACGGGUUUCGAAACUAACACGAGAACCCCGAGGAGAUAUUUUCAAUCGUCUUCGCUCGCUUGCCCGACGAGAUACCGACCUGUCGUGUCCAGGCCGGGGCCAAUAGGUGAAGGCAAUCAGAAUUAUUUCUUUUCUAUCAUAUUUCUAAUGCUCGGAUAAAUUCUGAUACGUUUCUAUCGGAUGAGAAUGAGGGUCAUCAGAUGAUUUGAAAUUUGGUUAACCCAGUUCCAUAGAUCUGGUUUGUGGCGCGACCUUUGCAUCUGUCGGCCGUUUGGACAAGCCGAGAGAAGACAGAGAGGGAUCCAUCUCGAAAGCUGCUCCACCUGCCACCGGACACCAGUGUGACCAGGCUGACCGUCCGGCAGCACGCCCACACGAAUUGCUACUGCGUUAUUUCGAGUCUUUUAGCCUUGGGUGGCGGCCAGAGAAAACUUUUGAAAUAUCGGGGAACGCUUGGCCUCUUCCUCGGCCAUCAGGACUUCGAGAUAAGUACGGACCAGCAGCGAGUAAGGUGCACUCACUCGACGGCUACAUCUUCCUCUCAUCCUUUCUCAUUCAAUUUUCGUAGCAUUUUUCAUUCAUCAUUUUCUCAUCGAAUCUCAUUACCUUUUUUUCCUUUGAUAAAUUUUCUCUUGGGUGUAUUUUGAGAUUCUGCAACUUUGUAUCUAUAUUUCAUCCAAAUACUGUUUUCCCUCUUGUUGUAAAUCAUUAGCCGAUGAAUUAACGUCGCUUGUUUCGUCGAGAGUAUCGGGGAUCGUCGGACUGUCUGCCAAGAUUACGAGGAAAUUUAAGAGACACCCUCGGUUGACGAUAGGAUGAUGAAUAGCAAAAUAAUCUGUAACUACUUCCCCCUCGCGUUCCUUUCUAUUUAAAUUAAUCGAACGAAUUAAUUGACUCGUCGGGGCUGCAGUGAAAUGAAAAUAAACUUAACCCGUUUACUUAAAUCAGCCUUGGCAUUGCGUGAAACGAAAUGAAACUGUACGACGAGAAAGUCGAAAAUAAGAAAGUAUUCAGAGGGAAGUCGAGAUCGACGACUCUCGGAGGUCUGAGCAACUGAACGUUGCUUUGGAGAUUUUCUGAGGUACUCUGAAAGAAAUCUAAAUCGCUAGGAGAAUGUGGUCACCGUUUGUUAUCGUUGAGUAACAAUUAAGGUAGACGAUGCGAUCCUUGAAGAGUACACACUGCACGAUGACAUUAUCCACCUACUGUCUACGAUUUCUCGUGGUCGUCUUUAUGAUCGCGGCUGCGGCGACAUUUUUGCAUGUUAACAAUUACAGGCCCAAACAAACAUUCCUCUCCUGCGACAGACCAUGCCAUCAUCUGGAUUGGCCUAUGAUUUGCCGAUUGAAACUCACCCUAGAAGUGUUUCAAUCGCUUAGCAAAUCAUGCGGUGACUGCCCGGUGAAUGAGACAGCGUGUCUGCAUAAUCAUUGUGUAACAGCGGAUGGACAGAGACGCGGUAUCCUGACGGCUAAUCGUCAACUGCCUGGUCCAACUAUACAGGUUUGUGAAAACGACAUCUUAGUGGUGGACGUAAUUAAUCGGCUUCCGGGUAAAGCGGCCGCAAUGCACUGGCGCGGUCAGUCGCAGUUUGAAUCGCCAUUUAUGGACGGUGCGCCCCUGGUCACUCAAUGCCCGAUACCGAGUUACACUACUUUCCAGUACAAGUUUCGCGCGUCCGUGGCUGGAACUCAUCUUUGGCAUGCUCACGCUGGUGCCGACGUUACAAAUGGAAUUUUCGGCGCGUUGAUCGUAAAACAAGCGGACAUAAAAGACCCGCACAGAUCUCUUUACGACAUAGACGACUCGAAUCACGUGGUAUUGGUGAGCCAGUGGCAACAUUCCGCGGACAUCACCUUCACCGAAGGCCACGCGAAACCAGCGAUCCUUCUAAUCAAUGGAAAAGGACGACAACCGAACGGACCAAAUGUACCGUAUGCAACGUUUACGGUCGUUCCAGGUCGUCGUCAUAGAUUCCGUAUCGCGAAUGCCGGAGGAGCUGGAUCCUGUCCAAUAACCAUUUCCGUCGACGCUCAUCCUCUCCAGUUGAUCGCCCUGGAUGGGCAACCAGUGGAACCGCGACAAGUUGCAUCCAUUACUUUGGCCAAAGGUGAAAGAGCAGACUUUAUUUUAAAAGCGAACAAACGCGUCGCUUCUUACUGGAUGAACGUACACACGUCAAAGGAAUGCGGAACGAGUCCUAUACACGGGGCUGCGAUUUUGAAGUACAAGGGUAGCACAACGGAAAAUCCAUUAUCCGUGACGGAAGCGAUCGAUCAGCCGGAAGUUGACGAGACGACGAGUCGAGUGGCGAUGACGACCAACCCCGCGGAAAAAUGUGAAAAUCCGGAGAAUCUGUGCGUGACAGAGAUACAAGCGUUGCGAAAGAUACCCAGCGUUCUUGCUAAACCGAGAACCGACGUCAUUAUUCGUCUGCCUAUUAAUUACAAGUUCCAGACGAACGAUAUCGUGGGCAAUGGCGGAGCAGAGACGAGGAUCUUGAACGUGAACAAUGAUACUUUCACCUAUCCAUCGUCGCCCUUGCUGACCCAAGGCGCUGACGUUUCCGAAGAAAGUCUAUGUUCUCCCGACGACGAGGAUUCUCGUAACGAGAACAACGAGACCGCGUCGUUGUCGUCGCGACGCUGUCGACGCGGCGACGGUAUCGUCCUGGACACGUGCGAAUGCGUCCACGUGAGAUACAUUCCUUUCGGCGCGACCGUCGAGAUCAUUUUAUUCGAUCAAGGCGGCCUCGACGAUUUGGUCUACCAUUUGCACGGAUAUAGUUUCUACGUGGUAGGAGCAAGAAAAUUCGGUCGAAGCGUGUCUCUGCACGAGUUGAAGAGCCUGGACGAAAAAGGGCAACUGUUCAAUCGUAAUCUCGACUGCACGGUGGCCAAAGACACCGUGGUUGUGCCGAAAUUCGGUGCCGUUGCCAUUCGGUUCAAAGCCAACAAUCCAGGAUAUUGGAUGCUGCGAGACGAACACGCCGCUUAUUGGACUCGUGGUUUAGACGUGAUUCUUCAGGUUGGAGAGAACAGCGACAUGGUACCAGCUCCACAGGACUUCCCAAAAUGUGGCUCUUUCGUUGGACCCGAUUACUUCCUUAUAUAGACUGUUAAUUCAUUAAGAAUCAUCCUGUACAUAAUUGUAAAUAGACGAAAUCGAAGGUGUAAACGACUGGGAUAAAGACUUUAUAUUUCUCUUCUUAUUAAAUAAAGAAAACGCUUCUUCUGUA